ACCUAGAAAGCUAAAGGCCAUUCGCUCUAUAUCUCUCUCUCUCUCUCUCUCUUGCACGAUCUCUAAUAUCUUUAUCCAACUCUAUAGUACAUGCACUUUAGCCCUCAAAAAGAUUCCUACCAUUUAAGUUCCGAUAGGACUUAUAUAUAUUGGCCUAUAUAUAUAUAUAUGGGGAAGAAUUAACAAGGCAGAUCAUGGAGGAAAUUAACAUUUCUUUUCUUAUGGAUAAAUAAUGUGUCUGUGAGUGUAUAUAUAUAUAUAGAGAGAGAGAGAGAGAGAGAAAGAGAGAGAGAGAGGGGGAAGAGAAAUAUUGAAGAAAGUGCUGAAGAGAAAAUGCUGUGCAAAUCAGGUAUUAAUGGUGAGGAGGUUGAUCUACAUCAUCAGAAAGGAAAUUACAUUUACAGAACUCGGGUGAUGAUGUUGGCACUGACGUUUAUGGGGUUUGCGGUGGCUUGCUUUGUGCUUUCUAAUUCAUUGCCCAGACCUUACAUGAUCAGUAAAAUCUUUGCAACUGACAGUGCCUUUAGAUCGGGCAUCAACAAGACUUCAUUAGACAUAGUUCUAAAAAAUGCUUCAAUGAAGGACAAAACUGUGAUUAUAACAACCUUAAAUGAUGCGUGGGCGAAGCCAAAUUCAAUAUUUGAUUUGUUUCUUGAGAGCUUUCACAUAGGAAAAAAUACGCAGAGGCUGUUGAAUCAUUUAGUUGUAAUCUGCUUGGAUGAGAAGGCUUUCAGUCGCUGCCUAGCUUUACAUCCACAUUGUUAUCAACUCCACACCAAAUUCAAUUUUUCUCGUGAUGCAUUUUUUAUGACUCCGGACUACUUAGAAAUGAUGUGGGGGAGGAUUAAGUUUCUGGCUGUUGUUCUUGAGAUGGGAUACAACUUUGUGUUCACGGAUACUGAUAUAAUGUGGCUACGAGAUCCAUUUCCACGAUUUUAUCCGCACGCAGAUUUCCAAAUUGCAUGUGAUUUCUUCUUUGGAAAUUCUUAUAAUGUAAAUAACAGACCAAAUGGAGGAUUUGCUUAUGUGAAAUCUAACAGCAAAACAAUUCAAUUUUACAAUUUCUGGUUCUACUCCAGAAAAUGGUAUCCACGUCGCCAUGAUCAAGAUGUGCUUAAUAAGAUUAAACACCACGAAUUCAUGUCCAAGAUUGGAUUACAACUUAGAUUUCUUGAUACUGCUUACUUUAGUGGGUUUUGUCAGCGUACAAGAGACCUUGGCCUAGUUUGUACAGUGCAUGCAAAUUGCUGUGUUGGCCUAGAAAACAAAGUUCAUGAUCUUCAGGUUUUGCUUCAUGAUUGGAGAAGAUUUAUGUCCUUGGAUCCAAUUAUGCAAUUACCAAAUUCUUCAUGGAGUGUUCCACAAGAUUGCAGAACAUCCUUCCAGCGUGGCUAUUCAAGAAAAGGAGAUUAAUAAUUCUCAAAAGGGGAAUUAUUAGAGACCAUGAUGAUGGUAAAGACACAUCUUUAGUGGCAAAGUGUAAGUCUUAAUUUGACUACAAUUAUAUUAUUGUACAUUAAUUGGUAAAUCCUUGCCCAUUGGUUGUAUUAUAAAUGAAAAGAGUUUUUUUUUUGUUUUUUUUUUUUUUUUGGGGUAUGAAAUCAUACUAUAUUUAUCAAAUAAAGGGCU